AAUAGUCUCAAAAUGGACAAGCAAGUUAAUGGUCGGUUUCUGCAGCUCGUAAAACCAAAUGAUGGUCAGGAGAAAACACUGGCCGAAUCAUUGAACAUCAACACUGGCACUCAGCUCCAAAAUAUGCCCGACGAUUGUCUCUUCGAAAUAUUUGCGAUGAGAUCAUUCGAUCUGAUGGAUAUGUGUUCGAUUGCGGCUACUUGUAAACGCUUCCGGUCAAUUGCUCAGUACAUUGUCGGAAAAACAAUAUGCUUUAAGGGGGCGCGGUACAGCUCCUUUAAGUCGGCUAAAUUCGAACACAAAACAGACAAACCAAGUGAUAUUGAAACGAUAUUCAGAAAUUUCGGAUCGUGUUUGUCGACUGUUUUUGUUAUCGGUAACACCGAGCGACAGGAUGGCUUUCUAUUUAGUCUGAUCGUAAUGCAUUGUGAGGACGUGUUGAAAAGUCUGUGCCUUAUACAUCUCAGUAUUUCUGCAACCCUAGCCAAAGAUUUGAAACCUGUUUUUAAGCGACUGAAUACCCUGUCCCUGUCGUCCGUUUCUAUCGAAGGGAAUAAGUCAACAUUCGAAGAACUCGACUCACUGGUGGAAUUAGACGUGACCCGUGUUAAAGACUGCAGCACGAUUCUGGAGAAUAUUUUCCCAAAUCUGAAACGUUUCACCUACCAAAAGGAUAAAAUUGAAAUGGUCGAACAGUGUGCCGAUUCAGCGGAUCAAGACCAUCAAUCUUUGGAAACAUUUUCGAUUUUCAUAGAACGCCAUUCGGCCCUACACUCGCUUGAUAUAGACUUCGAAUGCGAUCAAAAUGGCUGGAUGCGCAUUCUGCAAACAAUUGGCGACAGUUGCCCAAAAUUGCAGAAAUUAACCGUAGGAACUGGGUGUAAUCGGCACAGUUACUCAUCUGAUUUACUUCGACCAUUGCAACCGUUGAAAUCGCUAAGAAUUAUGAAACUUACUGGAGUAGCGUUCAAAGACUUUCAAGUUUUCGAAUCCUUGGCAGCAUUACGAGAAUUAGAAUUACAGCAUUGCUGUCUGCCGAAAGCUGAUCAAUUCGCUUGCUUGGCUCAAAUAACCAAUCUCUCUCUGAACGGUUCCCAGUCACCGAGUGGAACCUUUGACAUGGCUGAUGUUAUUCGUCAGUUGGUAAAUUUGGAGCGUUUUUUAGCACUGAAGUUGGUUGCUUUGGAUGCACAUACACUUUCGAAAAUUGUUAGCAUCGUCAAGGAAAGGUCGAGUGUUCUGACGCUGGUGUGUGCAUGUGAACCGACAGUGGACUGUGAAGAGGCAUUCCAGAAAUCGAAUGGACAUAUUGUUGUUCGUGCAGAAGACCGGUACGUGAGUACGUGCAGUUUCCCAUAGAUGAAAAUUUCAAAUAAAAUGAUU